AUGGUCGGGAAGCGAGCAUUCAACAAACCUAUAAGCCACAAGCGAGAUGCCUCGGAAGACCGAGACCUCGAGUCCGGCCACAAGCACCGACGGUUCAACGGGUUCAGAGAUGCGGUCGAAUAUGCCAUGGACCGGCGGAUCACGGCCACCCUGAAAGAAGAAUUGCGGAAAGGAGUUGCACGAGGCGAAUUUGAGCACGCCAGAAAGAGUGAUGAAGAGUUAAAAGCCAUCAAGAACAAAAAGCUCCGCAAGUUCUACGAGACACAGAAUGCGACUUUAGACAACUGGGCCGAGGUGGAUAACAUCGUCCUCGCGGUGGCCGACGAGGUCAUCGACAGUAUGAACACGGACGCAGACAACGAUGGGAUCCGAGAACGUGAAGGCAGACUACAGCAUGUCGAGGAACACGUUGAAGAGAUGCUGCCAUUCGAGCUACAGGAGAAGAGAAGGAAGGCAAAGAGAUAUGCACGAUGGGCUAUCAACAUCAAUGUCAUUGCCAAUAUUCUUCUCGUCGUCGGCAAAGGAGUUGCAGCGUUGAAGUCUUCUUCUUUGUCCCUCAUCGCCUCUCUACUGGACUCGGCCCUCGACCUCUUGUGCACUGCCAUAGUCUGGACCACCAACCGGCUCGUUUCUUGGAGGUUGUCGGCGCUGUCCAAAAAGUUCCCUGUCGGUCGCCGGCGGUUCGAGCCCGUCGGAAUUUUGGUUUUCUCCAUCAUCAUGGUUAUUUCUUUUCUACAAGUGCUUCAAGAAUCCGUGCAGAAGCUCCUUCCAAAUGGCGAUCAUGAGAUUGCCACUCUUCCUGCGCUCGCCAUUGCGUCUAUGGCCGGCACCGUCGGGCUGAAAGGACUGAUCGGAUUGGGUUGCGUGAAGAUCAAGACCACCCAAGUGCAAGCCCUGGUGCAGGAUUGCAAGACGGAUGUCUACUUCAACACUCUGUCGUUGCUGUUCCCACUCAUUGGCAGACAAGCUGGUGUCUGGUGGUUGGAUCCUCUUGGGGCCGCCCUACUGUCGCUAUACAUUAUCUACGACUGGGCAGACACCUGUGUUGAGAACGUGACUCGGCUUUGUGGGCUGACGGUGGACGAUGCCCUGCACAAGAAACUCAUCUAUCUUGCAUUUCGGUUUAGUAAUCUGGUGUCCGGUUUCAAGUCCGUGACCGCCUAUCAUGCUGGAGAUGGAGUCUGGGCGGAAUAUGACAUUCUGCUGGAUGAAUCCAUGCCUCUACGGCGUACCCACGAUAUUGCAGAGACGCUGCAGUAUUGUGCUGAAGCUUUGAGUGAGGUGGAUCGGGCCUUUGUGACCGCCGAUUAUUCCGUGCAGAAUCCUGGCGGGCAUACGCGGGAUGUCAGAUAG